CAUUCACAGUUUGAACAUUGCCCGCUCCGGUCGCGUUUUAAAAAUAGCAUUAUUAUUAUUACAGUGCCAUCAAUUCGAUAUAAUCAACUAAUAAUAGGCAUCUCGUAGCAAAACAACGUAGCGAUUGUCUACGAGUUUUGUGCGCGUACGCAGUGCGAUUAGAUCAUUUGUGUUCGAAUCGAGAUACGCGAAGAUGGCAACCAAAAACGUUCAAAAUGUAGAGAGCGGCAAUGCCAAUUCCGCGCCAGAACCCGAAGCGCAACCAACAAAGGCUUCACGCCUACCUCUUGGAACCAGCUCUGUAAUCGGUCUGGCCGAUAUCACAGACAACAAGCUGAUCUGGCGACAGUUGGUCGCGGAGCUGAUAGGCACGUUUCUGUUGACAUCUAUCGGCGUUGCCUCUUGUAUCGCCAUAAGUGAAUCCAACGCACCGAUCGUCACUAGUAUUGCUCUUUGUUUCGGUCUUCUCGUCGGAUCUAUUGUCCAGGGUAUAGGGCAUGUGUCUGGCGGGCAUAUCAAUCCGGCGGUGACCCUCGGCCUGUUCGCAGCAGGUGACAUCAAACUGUUAAAAGCGAUAUUCUACAUCGUAGUACAAUGCCUUGGAGCGACGGCCGGAGCUGCAUUCAUAAGGUUGGCUGUUCCAGAAGAUAGGGUAUUAUCUUUCGGAAUGACCCUACCAGGCGCCAAUGUCACUGAACCCCAGGCUCUACUUAUCGAAGCACUGAUAACCUUCGUACUAGUGCUAGUGGUGCACGGCGUGUGCGACGCGCGCCGCAACGACCUCAAAGGAUCUGCUCCUCUAGCUAUUGGACUCAGCAUCACAGCCUGCCAUGCUGCUUGCAUACCUUUCUCCGGCUCUAGCAUGAACCCAGCGCGUUCUUUCGGCCCCGCUCUCGUCAUGGGCAACUGGACUGCUCACUGGGUAUAUUGGGUGGGUCCGAUUGUUGGAGGUGUAAUCGCAGGCCUUCUUUACAAGUACGUGCUUCGUAUCGGCAAGACAGGUGACAGCGGCUCAUACGAUUUAUAAGUUUCAUGCGCACGCGCAUUCACGCUAUGUGCCUUAGCUGUCUCUCGCAUAAUAUACUGUUGUUGGCGAUUUUUUUCAUAUGAUUUGUUAUAUUAAAAUAAAUUGUUAAUAUCAAGAGAUCUGAUUAUGAUACCAUCAUUAUAUAAACACACGAUGUUAAUUAAAAAAAUAAAAUAAAAAAACCUUUGAUAUUAGUUGACACUUAUGCGAGAGACUUCUGCUUUAUAAGCUCAUUAAUAGAAACUUAUUUUAAUACACUGUUAUAUAUAAUCAUAGUAUCAAUUUAUAAGAUUUAUUGAUGAGCUUAUAUUUUCUUUAUUUUCUAUAUUAAUAUUAAAUCCAAAGUGAAUUUGAAACGAAAUGUCGAAAUUUUUGUUAUUUUUUAUGGUGAAUAAUAUGGUGCAAGUACAAGAAAAUAUUGUUGAAUGAUUUUGUUUAAGCAAUAUCAUUUACAUUUUCUUACAUAUUUCUGAUUAUAUUUAGCGCUUUAUAUUCUCCAUAACAACAAAUACCAUACAAAGACUCCAACGGUCGUAUAUAAGAUAAAUUAUAUUAUUUAGAUUUAUAUAAGAUAGGGAUUACAAAAGUAUUAAGUUUAUUUAUGUUAAUAUUUAAGUUAAGUAUAAUACAACAUGUUUGUAUUCGAAUGCACGAGGUUUGUAACGUGAGGACCAUAUGUCGCAUGUCAGACAUCACUCACUAAAUGUUAUUUGCGAAAUAUAUACUAUUGCUAAAAUG